UAUCCACAGCAGAUUUUCGGAAGAAUCCAUUUCGAAUUUUUGGUUUCCCAAUCCAGGAGAGUGCAUUUUUUAAAAUAGCACUGUUUUGCGUUAUUGAGACAGAAUUUUGUUUCAUCAAUUGGAUGUGUGUGGAACGUUGUACUCGCACAUGGAUCGCCUGAGGAUACCGUUACCAAAGGAGAAACUGGCUAAGAUCCUGCCAUGGCUGGAAAAGGAUUUUCCGAACAGCUUGCCAGUCUACCAUAUGGCGCGCAAUAUUGUGGAAGAUCGCUUCGCCUAUCCGGAGAUGAAGUUCAUCGUGGAUAAACUGCCUGUACCAUCUGUGUGCCUGUGCAAGCCCAUGCGCAGUAAAACUACACGCUCCUACGAUCCGAUCUUCAACGAUCACUUGCUGGUUUACGUCCACGCGCAUUCCGUGAAGGCCUUCCAGAAAAUGCUGCGAUGCCAACCGGAACUGUUCUUUUGGGGCAAAGACACCACGUUUAUCGUGAGUCCAAAAGAGGGUUUCCCUUCCGGCCAGCGCGUGUUCACCUUCAACCUGGACAAGUGUAAAGUUUCCCGAUGUCCGCUUCCCAGUGAUCUGCGGCUGGGAAUCCUUUCCCCUGAGCACGCUGAACAGAUCGUCCAAGAGUGCCGUUACGCUAACACGACGUGGACAAAACUCUUCCGCUAUAUGCUGUCCCAUGGAUUUCCCAGCGUCGCGCUGUACGACGACAACGUCGCACGGGACACGCCCAUCGCGUACUGCAUGUACUUGAUGCACGGCUGCGUCGGGGCCGUCUAUGUCCAACCGGCGUAUUGCCACCGGGAUUUAUUUGGAGUGGUCAUCGGCGAAUUGUUGAUUCAGUUGCAGACACGGAAAGUGCCGUCGGUGUGGAUGCAGACGAUGAAUCUUCCCUUAGAUCCGCAGCUGGAGAUCCUUCGCGGAUUGGGCGGUGUUCAAUAUAAGCGGCGCGAUGCCCUGUGCUGGACGACGUUCCGUAGGGUGGCGAAUUACAUUGACCCUUUCCCGGUAAUUCCCACCGGAACGGUCCAGCAGCGUAUAAAGGCAGCGAAGAAAAUUCGCAAGGAGAACAAAAUAGUUGGUACAGGUGGUCCUCGGCUGCCGGUUGUCCAGAAAAUUAGUAAAAAAGACCAUGUUUUGUGUGAUGAUUGGGAAGAAGCGGAACGAUAGGAUUCCGAGCCGGAGUGGGAAGAACCGAGAGAAUCGACCUGUCGGAAGAUUCGUGAGUGCGGAAGCGGGAAAACAGCCCGAUCGCGAAAGCCGGGUUGGGGAAAAGAUGAGGAUGCCGACGAAGAAGGAUAUCACCGCAAGACAGGGCGCGAAGGCGGGAACGAGCGAAAGAAGGCUUCGAAGGGGCGAGACAGACGCGAACGCGGCGGUGACGAAUGGGGUUGAAGAGAAUCAUUUGCGAAAAGGUGGUUCUGUAUUUCUCGGAUAACUGUUUGCUUUUUGAUCUUUGAUGCGUAAUUCGUGGUUUUGUUUUG